CCUGUCUCCCGAGCUCCUCGAGGCAAGGAGGAGACAGGGAGGAGGGACGGCACAGAGGAAGAGCGGGGGUCCCAUCACUCGCACCCCGGUCGAGGCUUGCUGCCGUCUGCCGGCGGCGCUCGGCUCGCGCUCGCCGGGGGCCCAGCCAUGGGGCCCCCUUCCAGCUCCGGCUUCUACGUGAGCCGCGCGGUGGCCCUGCUGCUGGCGGGGCUGGCGGCCGCGCUCCUGCUGGCGCUGCUGGUGCUCGCCGCCCUGUACGGCCGCUGCGCGCGCCUCCCGCCGUCGGAGCUCCGCCACCGCGGGCGCCCGGACGCCGCGCCCUCCCCGACCCGCUCGCCGGGGCAGCCUCUGGCCACCGGGCAGACCCGCCCCAGUCGUGAGCCCGCGGGGACGGCCGCCCCGGGCACCUGGCGACCCCCGGGGCCCUGGGACCAGCUGCGCCUGCCGCCCUGGCUCGUGCCGCUGCACUACGAGCUGGAGCUGUGGCCCCGGCUGCGGCCAAACGAGUCCUGGGCUUCGACGUUGACCUUCACCGGCCGCGUGAACAUCACGGUGCGCUGCACGGUGGCCACCGCGCGGCUGCUGCUGCACAGCCUCUUCCUGGACUGUGAGCGGGCGGAGGUGCGGGGUCCUCUCCCCUCCGGCGCGGAAGACCGCACGGUGGGCCGCGUGCCCGUGGACGACGUGUGGUUCGCCUCCGACAUGCAGUACAUGGUGCUGGAGCUCGGCGGGACCCUGCAGCCCGGCAGCCGCUAUGAGCUGCAGCUCAGCUUCUCUAGCCUGGUGUACCAGGACCUCAGGGAGGGACUCUUCUUCAACGUCUACACGGACCAGGGCGAGCGCAGGGUCCUGUUAGCAUCUCAGAUGGAACCAACAUUUGCCAGAAGUGUUUUUCCUUGUUUUGAUGAGCCAGCUCUAAAGGCAACUUUUAAUAUUACAAUUAUUCAUCAUCCAAGCUAUGUGGCCCUUUCUAAUAUGCCAAAACUAGGUCAGUCUACCAAGAGAGAUGUGAAUGGAAGCAUGUGGACCAUUACCACCUUUUCCACCACGCCCCCCAUGCCAACUUACUUAGUGGCGUUUGCCAUAUGCGACUAUGAUCAUGUCGACAGAACCGAAAGGGGCAAGCAGAUACGCAUCUGGGCCCGGAAAGACGCCAUCACAAAUGGAAAUGCAGAUUUCGCUUUGAACAUCACAGGUCCCAUCUUCUCUUUUCUGGAAGAUUUAUUUAAUAUCAGUUACCCUCUUCCUAAAACAGAUAUAAUUGCCUUGCCUACUUUUGACAACAGUGCCAUGGAAAAUUGGGGACUAUUGAUAUUUGAUGAGUCAUUAUUGUUGAUGCAACCAAAUGAUCAAGUAACAGACAAAAAGGCUGUGAUCUCCUUCAUUCUCUCCCACGAGAUUGGACAUCAGUGGUUUGGAAAUUUGGUUACCAUGAAUUGGUGGAACGAUAUCUGGCUCAAAGAGGGCUUUGCAUCUUAUUUUGAAUUUGGAGUAAUUAACUACUUCAAUCCUGAAUUCCCAAGAAAUGAGAUCUUUUUUUCUAACAUUUUACAUAAUGUCCUCAGUGAAGAUCACGCCCUGGUGUCUAGAGCUGUGUCCUUGAAGGUGGAAAAUUUCACAGAAACCAGUGAAAUAAAUGAGCUCUUUGACUUAUUUACUUACAACAAGGGAGCAUCUUUGGCCCGAAUGCUUUCCAGCUUCCUGAAUGAGAAUUUAUUUAUCAGUGCACUCAAGUCAUAUUUGAAGACAUUUUCUUACUCAAAUGCUGAGCAAGAUGAUCUAUGGAGACAUUUUCAAAUGGUCAUAGAUGAUCAGAAUAAAAUUCUUUUGCCAGCAACAGUAAAAAGCAUAAUGGACAGCUGGACACACCAGAGUGGUUUUCCAGUCAUUACCUUAAAUGUGUCCACUGGCGUCAUCAAACAGGAGCCAUUUUAUCUUGGGAAAGUUAAAAACGAGACUCUCCUAACCCACAAUGACACAUGGAUUAUACCUAUUCUCUGGAUAAAAAAUGGAACUGCACAGUCUCUGGUCUGGCUAGAUAAAAGCAGCAAAAUAUUCCCUGAAAUGAAAGUUUCAGCUUCGGAUCAUGACUGGGUGAUUCUAAAUUUAAAUGUGACUGGAUAUUACAGGGUUAACUAUGAUCAAUUAGGUUGGAAGAAGCUAAAUCAACAGCUUGAAAAAGAUCCUAAGGGCAUUCCUGUUAUCCACAGGCUGCAGCUGAUUGAUGAUGCCUUUUCCUUGUCUAAAAACAAUUAUAUUGAGAUUGAAACAGCACUUGAUUUAACCAAGUACCUUGCUGAAGAAGAUGAAAUCAUAGUGUGGUAUGCAGUCUUGGUGAACCUGGUAACCAAGGAUCUUGUUUUUGAUGUGAACAGCUAUGAUAUGUACCCAUUAUUAAAGAAGUAUCUAUUAAAGAGACUUAUUUCAAUAUGGAAUAUGUAUUCAACUGUGAUUCGUGAAAACAUGGCAACAUUACAAGAUGACUAUUUAGCCCUAGUAGCCCUGGAAAAACUUUUUGAAACUGCGUGCUGGUUGGGCCUUGAAGACUGUCUUCAGUUGUCAAGAGAGCUCUUCAAAAACUGGGCAAACCAUCCAGAGAAUGAAAUACCUUCUCCGAUUAAAAGUGUGAUUUUAUGUUAUGGCAUUGCCUUGGGAAGUGAUGAAGAAUGGGACUUUUUGUUAAAUAUGUACGCUAAUAAAACAAAGGAAGAAGAAAGGAUUCAACUUGCUUAUGCAAUGAGUUGCAGUAAAAACCCAUGGAUACUUAACAGAUACAUGGAGUACGCCAUUACUGCAUCUCCUUUCACUUUUAAUGAAACAAAUAUAAUUGAAGUUGUGGCAGCAUCUGAAGUUGGCCGGUACAUUGCAAAGGACUUUUUAGUCAACAAUUGGCAAGCUGUGAGUAAAAGGUAUGGAACACAAUCACUGGUUACUCUAAUGUAUAUAAUAGGGAGAACCAUAAGUACAGAUUUACAGAUCACAGAGCUGCAGCAGUUUUUCAGCAACAUGUUGGAGGAGCACCAGAGGCUCACAGUCCAUGCCAAAUUACAGACAAUAAAGAACAAAAAUCUGGAGAACAGAAUGCGAAAUGCCAGGAUGACGGCAUGGCUUCGGAAAAACACAUAACCCAGUGGCCACUUCCGGCGCCCCCCUGCCUGCUCUAACGGGUUUUGCUCACACUUUUGUCUCUCAAUACUUAGUGAGUCUGGAAAACCGCAUGUUUUGUUAUUUGUGUGUCAAUCGCUUUUGCUCCGGGCAA